AUGGCACCCAAUUGGACGCGACUGAUCCGGUUCAUCGCCGAAGAAGAUGGCCAGGUCCACCUGGGCGAGGUGGACACCAACCAAGAUGUCGGUCUCGCAUUGUUCAACAAGGAGAAAGUUACGGCGAAACUGGUGACCGGGUCUAUCUUCGAUGGCACAGUGACGGCUAAGCGGUUGCAGGUUGCCCAGCUUCUCUCCCCUAUCGAGAUGGAAAAUGUCCCCAUCAUCCGUUGCAUGGGUCUCAACUACCGCGACCACGCCCGGGAGGCCAACAUGCCCAUCCCAGAUGUGCCCGUGCUCUUUAUCAAGCCCCGGACCGCACUGAACGGUCCCUACCCGGCUAAGAUCAAUGUACCCAAGAUCGCCCAGGAUGGGUCCAGUGAUUAUGAGGCCGAGUUGUCGUUUAUUAUCGGGAAGUCCGGUCGUGACAUUCCUGAGUCCGAAGCCAUGAAUCAUGUUCUGGGCUUUACUGCGAGUAAUGAUGUUAGCGCUCGUACGCAGCAGUUUAAGAACAGCCAGUGGAGUUUUUCGAAGGGCUUUGAUGGUUCCUGCCCACUGGGCCCAGUGCUGGUGGCCCCGUCGGUUAUUGAUCCGUAUAAGCUUGAUAUCAAGGCGAUUCACAACGGAUCAGUUGUACAGGACUCGAACACCCGUGAAAUGAUUUUCGAUAUCCCCAAGACCAUAUCGUUUUUGUCACAAGGAACGACCUUGGAAAGAGGAACGGUAAUCAUGACCGGUACAGGCCCUGGAAUUGGCGCUAUGCGCGAUCCCAAGGUUGUCUUGAAAGAUGGUGAUGAUAUGCGCGUCGCGAUUGAAAACAUUGGGACUCUGGUGAACAAGGUCUACUAUGAAUAG